AUGCGAACCACGCUGAUAGUGUUGUUGAUCUACGGGCUUCGCGUCGAGACCCUCAUCAUCACAUCGCGAAAUACCACCGAGGCGAUUCUUCGAUGUCCGCCCGCCGAGGAUUUCAUCAGAACGCACAUGGCUCCCGAUUUCGAGACGCCGCGUCUCGUCCGCCGCCUCGACUGGUUUCAGGACGAUUCGCUCGUCGCUAGCUAUCAGCAGGACGUUGUCGCCGAUUCUUCGCGACAAUGGUGGGUAGCCGAUGGGCGCUACGAGCUCGUCAGACCAUUCUACGCGUUGCGAGUUUCGCCAGUAACUCCAGAAGACUCAGGCGCUUAUCGUUGUCGAAUUGAGACGGAUCCGUUGUUCUCGACGCCGCAGAGCACCGCGACGCAAGAGCUCGCCGUGAUGGUGCGGCCCGUCGCGCCGUCGUCGCCGGAAAUCAAGGCGUUCACGAAUCGCUCGAUAACGCUGAUAUGGACGCACAACGCGGCGAGGGCCCAUCGGCCGAUUUUGAGGUUCUCGGUGUCGGUGCGAACAGUGGCGGAUAACACGAGAUUUGUGAUGGCGGCGCCAUCGAACGCGACGACGGUGAUCGUCGACAAUCUGAGUCCGUUCACGCUGUACGCGUUUGCGGUGCGCGCCGAGAACUCGGCGGGCCUCAGCGAGUUCGGUCCCGAGACGACGUUUCGAACGCUCGGCGAGCCGCCAACUCGACCGCCACAAAUCGCGAUGAUGCGCAACAUUUCGGCCGAAUGCGUCGAGAUCACCGUGACGCCGCCGAGCGAGAUGAACGGCGACCUCGACAAGUACAUUGUGAUGACGCAGGGCCUCAAUGAGACGAUGCCCAAGAAGCAUAUCUUCGACAAGCCAACAUCGACGCCGUUGACGAUUUGCGAUCUGAUUCCGUCGUCGGAAUACGCGUUGGCGGUCAAAGCCGACAACGGGUUCGGCACGAGUCCGCCGGCGACGCUCGUCUUUUUCACAGAGCCCAGCGUUCCGAAUUUCUCGCCGACGACGAUCACAACGAUACCGGUGAUCGGCAAACCGGAAAUCACUGUACUCUGGCCGGCUCCCGACGCGAAUCUCAGCCGUCAAAUCGUCAAAUACCAUUUGUAUUACAAGUCGGACGCGGAAACGCAAUGGAAAAUCGAGAAUUUGAUAUUGAAAGGCGCCAAAAUCGGCAAAAUGCUCAAAUAUCGACUAACCGGACUGGAACCCAAUACGAUUUAUCGCGUUCGCGUUUCGGCGUCGACGGCGAAAGGCGAAGGACAACAGAGUGCCGAUAGUCUGGCUCGAACCGAUAUUGGAGAGCCGGGCACGGUUUCGUUGCGAGACCUCUCGUUUGACUGCAAGAACGGGAUAAAGCUUGAGUGGGACUACGACGGGACCAACACGAAUCCGGUAUUUACGAUCAAAAUCGCGAAUCAUACGGCGACGCUCAACUUCAAUACGACGCAAAAAUUUCUCGAUAUAAUCGAUUUAUCGCUGAAUGACGAGUAUUCGGUACGGGUUGUGGUCUUGGAGCGAAGCAAAAUCGACAAUUCGACGAUUCUCGUCGGCAAAUACAGUAACACCCAUCGAUUUGUGUUGAGCGAGAAAUGCAAUUUUCAAUCGUCUUUGUGCGACGGCAAAAACGAGAAAUGCCAAAAAUUGACGAGCCAGGCAAAUUCCAACGGCUAUUUGUCAAUUUUGAUCGCCAUUUUCUCCGUCAUCCUUUUUGUCUUCAUAUGUUUCAUUAUUGCUCAUUUUGCCAGAGGAACCUUCAAUUUCAAGCAAGUUCUGAAAAAGAAGAAAGAGAAAUGCGUUUAUUUGGAGGAAAUCAGCCCACUCGUUUACGAUUCUGUCGGCCACGAGGACAUUCCCGUCGAAUUAUUCUAUGGAUACGUCGAAGACCUUAAAAGGAACGAGGGCGCGAAAUUCAAAAAUCAAUUUCAAGUUGUCGAGCAGCAAACCGAUGGAAUCGAUCAGUGCGAUUCGAUAAGCUCAUCGGAAAACUCGACGAAAAAUCGAUAUUUGAAUAUUGGCGCCAACGAGGCGACGAGAAUACGAUUGAAUAGUCCCAAUGGUCCCAAUGGGUCGGAUUAUAUCAAUGCCAAUUAUAUUGAUUCGUGCGACGAAAAGAACGCCUACAUCGCCACACAAGCGCCGCUUCCGUCGACAUUCGGCGACUUCUGGAGCAUGGUGUGGCAAGAGCGAAGCAAUGUGAUCGUGUGCAUCACCAACAUGAUCGAAGACGGCAAAAAGAAGUGCGAUCAGUAUUGGCCGCCGACGUUGGAUCAGGCGCACACCUACGGCGCCUAUCAGGUCACACUGCUCACCGAGUCGUGCAACGCGCACUUCUCGCAUCGCGUUUUCGAGCUCAAAAUCGCCAAAUCGAUUCCGAGUGCUGAACGCAAAAUCCACCAAUUGCAUUUCAUGGGAUGGCCGGAUCACGGAAUACCGAAUUCGGUGUUCCCGUUGCUUAAUUUCAUUCACUAUACUUCCGAUAUUCAUUCGACGGGUCCCGUUAUUGUGCAUUGCAGCGCGGGUGUCGGCCGAUCAGGCUCCUACAUUCUCAUCGACAGCAUGCGACGUCACUUAAUCAAUUUUAGAAGACUCAACGUCAUCGGCCAUUUGAUCCAUAUGAGGAGGCAGCGCGCGAAACUGGUUCAGACGCUGGAUCAAUACAUGUUUUGUCACGAGGCGAUCCGACAACUCAUUCGGCACGGCAUCACAAGAGUUCACACCGAUCUGUUCAUGAGAUACCUUCAUUAUUUGUCCGAGGAGAAUUUGAACGGCAAGACGCGAAUGCAAUUGCAAUAUGAGGACAUUUGCGAGUGCAAGCACACUGAGAAGUGUCAGCCCGACGUCGAGCCGUUGAUUCUUCCCGGAUAUCAUCGAUUGGAUGAGUUUAUGGUGGCCACGUGGCCGCACGAAUCCGAACAUCUUUGGCGCGUCGUCUGGAAUCGCAAUAUUCAGACGAUUGUGCUUCUCGGCGAGCCGUCGGCGUAUUGGCAGAAAUUGGUGGCGAUCGAUGGCGUCAUGGUGCAACACGGCGACAAUUUUGUUUUGAUGCAGAAAGAGGAGAGACAGUUGUGCGUCCGAAUUGUGCAAAUCGCGCGAGCCGACAUUGAGCAUGACAUUUGGCGCGAAAUCGAGAACAUUCAAAAACAACGAUUGGCAUAUCACGAGGCGCCGCUGCUCAUUUUGAGUCCAACACCGAUCUUCCGUCGUCCCUCGCCGCCGAUCAACUCGGCUCGCAGCAGCUCCUCAACACUCAGUCUCUCCCUAUUGGGACACGACGAUUCCACGAUUCCGUACAUCAUGUGCGCGCUGACAACACUCGCGUGCCAACUCGAAACGACCGGCUGCAUCGAUGUCGUCGAGGUGUUGGCAGCGUACUCGCAGGCGCGGUGCGGAUUGUUCACCAGCAAACAGGACGUCGAGAUCAUCUACGAGCGCAUCUCGCAGCUCGUCGGCGGCACGCGUGUCUAG